AUGUCUGAUGACUUUCUGACAUUCUUGAAAUUUAGCAUGUAUUGCUUUAAAUAUAUAUACAUUUACUUUGUGUGUGUGAAUAUUUUGGAGCACGUAAUCCAAGGCUACGAAGGCAGCUCCAAUUGAGCGCAGAUUAUUGAAGUUUUCGGAGGGAAUAAGGAGCUGCCUAAGCAAUUUGACAGCUGCCAAGGCUCCAUUCCCCGAGAGGACUGCAUUGCUCUGAUUAACAAGAUCCCAAGAUGUGAUGCAUCUGUAGCAGAAAGAAAUCUAUUACGAGUUCGAUAUACAGCACAGUUUGUAACAAAUUAUAGAGAUAACUGAAUAAACAGAAUGAG